AGGAGCAAACAGAGUAGGUGGUGACCAUGUUCCGAGCAGAGACCUGGUUCCGGGCCCAACGGUACCUGUCUGCCACUGUACGGAGGAGCAGUACCUGGAGAAACCCGAAGGGCUGCCUGGCUGAUCGUGUGGCCGUGGUCACAGGUUCCACCAGUGGGAUCGGCCUGGCUGUGGCUCGGCGUCUGGCCCAGGACGGGGCCCAUGUGGUGAUCAGCAGCCGGAAGCAGCAGAACGUUGACCGUGCCAUAGCCACGCUGCAGGGUGAGGGCCUCAGCGUGUCGGGAACCGUGUGCCAUGUGGGGAAGGCCGAGGACCGUGAGAGACUGGUGGCCAAGGCUUUGGAGCACUGUGGGGCUGUAGACUUCCUGGUGUGCACUGCAGGGGUCAAUCCCCUGGUGGGGAGCACUCUGGGAAGCAGUGAGCAGGUGUGGGACAAGAUUCUGGACAUCAAUGUGAAGUCCCCGGCUCUGCUGUUAAGCUUGUUGCUGCCCCAUAUGGAGAAGAGGGGUGGAGUCGUCAUCCUGGUGUCUUCUAUUUCAGCCUACAAUCCAGUAGUGGAACUGGGUGUCUACAACAUCAGCAAAACAGCUCUGCUGGGUCUCACCAGGACACUGGCACUGGAACUGUCCCCCAAACACAUUCGGGUGAACUGCCUGGUUCCAGGCAUGAUCAAUACUGAGUUCAGCAAAGCGUUCCAAGGGUAUGAGGAUUCUGUCUGGGACCAGCUCAAGAAAACCAACAAGAUCCAGAGGAUCGGGCAGCCUGAAGAUUGUGCAGGCAUCGUGUCGUUUUUGUGCUCCCCAGAGGCCAGCUACAUCACUGGCCAGAACAUCGUGGUGGCCGGCUUUUCCCCUAAGCUCUGAAGAGGCUGGGUUUAGGGUGUGGGCAGGGGUGCAGACCUAUGGCUUUUAGCUAGCAAUCUCAGGUUGGCUGGGCUAGAUCUUGGGCAUAGAGGCCCGGGAAGUGGCUCAAAAGGUGGCUCAGGCUUUGUAUGUAUGAGUUUUGUAUAUGCCUGAGUUUGAUGCUUGAUACCACUUGGUGCCCCAAACUUCCCCUGGAGUAAC